UAAACUUUUAAAACUAGUUUAAACGUGUUUUUGAAUGUUUAUCUGACUAUUGAUUCAUCUAAAAUUUGUUGUUUUUGUCACUAAUUUAUACUUGUUAUUGAAUUUGAGUUCAUGGUUAUGCGUUAGUUUUGUCAUGCUGAGGAAGACCGUUGUUAUUUUUCUAGUUGUGUAUUCAUUUAUUGUUGGUAAUUACUUGCAUUCACCAAUUUCGGUUUCCAAUUGCAUGUGUAUUUAUUAAGGAAAUGGCAGUUGUUGCUUUCACUAUCAAUGUAGUUGAUGACCCCUGCACUUUGAGUAAAGUGUUGUACUUGAGACCCCUUGGAAAUGUUUAUGAGUGGAAUCUAGAUUUUGUAUAUUUACGUAAAGUUACGUAGCAGUAAAUUCAUUUCAACAUUACCUAUAUACUAGUGGAAUCUAGAUUUUGUUACUUCUGAGGAGUAUGUCUAAAGUUACAUUUUCUCCUUCCGCGGAAGCAAAGAUCCAUUCACGACGGAGACAAAUCCAAUGCAAUUCUCCAUUCAUAGUUUCAACUCAACUCAACUUACAAUACCUACAACUAUCUAGUAAAUCAAACAAACAAGUCCUUCCAGUUGUAACAAAUAGUAAAAAGAGGUUCAAAACUACAGCUCGUAGACCGCCCAGGCCUCAGCUCCAAGCUAAAGUUAGAGCUAGUGCUCUUCUACUCUAACAAUGCCCUAUUGUGGAACAGUUUUCUUAGGUUCUGAUUUUGUGGUUUUGAAAGUGUCUACCUUCUAGUCGAGUGUCCUACCUUUGACAUGUAUUUCUUUGAUGCUGAUAAAAUAGAUUUUUUAUUUUCAUUUUUAGUUUUGAAAUACCAAAUUCGUAAGCAGUGCCAGUAUGCACAUUCAAAACUAGUAUUUAUGCUAUAAGAAAGUAAAGAUAUUUUCCAUUAAAAAGUUCUCUCCUAAGUUUCUCAACAUGUAAAAAAAGCAUAACAAAGUAAUCAGUUAGAAAUGUUGGAAGCAACAUUCCAUAUAGCGCGAUUGCGUAGUUACAUGAAUCAUAGGCAAUGCCCUCUCUUCUGAUGAAACCAAGUUAGGUAAUCUGUCAUCUUCGACUGGUAGAAGAACAGCUCCAAGUGAAAGUUGGAAAUGCUCUUUAAAUAUAACAAUUCUCUUUUGUUGUGUAACUGUUUUCUUCAUAUCAAUUCUUCUAUUCAGUAAGAUCAUACAGCUCACAUUUUUAAAGCAGAUUUUCUUCAAAUAAGUUUAGAUUUUAUUUUUCUUAGAGAAGGAUUAGGAGGGGAUUCUCGUGAUUUGUGAAAUAAUGACGAAAAUUAAAAUUGAAUUUGUAUGAAUUUAUCAUGAGACAGAUUAAAAAAUAAUACAUUUAGAGUUAUCAGUUGAAUCUUUUGCUGCAAAAGCUCCUGUGAUCUUAACAAAAGGAGCAUGAAGUUCAAUUCCAAGAGGUUCAUAGUACAAAUUCAUUAUUCAAGGAAGCCACAACUUACUCCAUGAAUAGGCUUGUAAGGAUUGGACUUCUAUAUGUAUUUCCCACCUACCAACCAUUCACAUUCCAACCAUUUUCUUCAAAGCGAUGAAAGUCUAUUGUUUUCACAUCCAAACCACUUUCUUCUUCUCUUCAACCGUAGAACCAGUUUGAAGACUCAUUGUGACACAAACAUGCGAGUUAAAUACGGUAGGUGUUUCCUUCUCUUAUUAGUAGACUGUGUACUAGAAAUGGGGUUGUUGCUGAGAAAAAUGAAAUCGUUUUGAUAAAUUAAGGAGUCACACACAGACUUAGAUUCUCUUUUUUGAGUUAAUAGUGAUUAACCCUUGUAUGACAUAUUUGGACUGUCACCUGAUGGUUACAAAUCCUUUUGAUUAUGUUGAACCUUUGGGUGACUGGUUACAAGACAAGUUUUUAUGGCCCUAUUAAUGCAUAUGUAGGGUAUGCAAGAAUGAAGGAAUCCCAUUUCGUGAAGUUGCUCCAUCAUGGUUAGAACAUGAAAUCUGGGAGGAAGCAUUCAUCACAAGUUGCUGAAAGAUUUGUUGCUGCUAUUGAUGAAUCCGCAAAACCACCAUUUCAAAUGGGAUUCUUUAUUGAUUACAAUAUUGAUGAUAUACUAAGACAAGCAACUGAAUCUACUCUUAGGUAUCAAAGAGGGGAACCAAUCUCAGUGCUAGACGGAGUACCUGUUGCAAUAAAGGAUGAGAUAGAUUGUUUACCGUAUCCAAUAACAGGAGGUACAAAGUGGAUGCAUAAGGAAAGGCCUUGUAAAGACGAUGCAUGUUGUGUUAAGCGCUUAAGGCAAUGCGGUGCUAUACUUGUUGGGAAAUCCAAUAUGCACGAACUUGGGUCUGGAACUAAUGGGAUAAACCCACACUAUGGGAAAAUCUUGGUCGUAUUCGUAAGACUCUCGCUGACUUCACCAGCUUGAAUCACUGAGUAGUUAAUGUACUACUUCUGUCGGGUGGACUCCAUCAAUGCUUUCGAGCCUGAUGGUUACAAAUCCUCUUGAUUAUGUUGAACCUUUGGGAAAAGCUUGUGCUUCUGGAUUUACACUAAAUAAAGCUGGUGCUUCUGGUACUUCGGGUGGACCGUUUCCCGUGGGUUUAUACUAAAUAAAGCUGGUGCUUCUGGUGCUUAUGUUGAAUCCUCUUGAAUAUUUUACUUGGUCAUUGAUUAGAUUCAUACAAAAUAGGGGUCUUUAUAGUUAUACUUAUUCAAACAGAAAAUAAGAAAAUGUAGUUGAAAUUCUUUGUUACUAUAUUGAAAUAUUUGAAUUUAAUUGAAAUUGAUAUAAUAGUUUAAUUUUAAUAUUAA